AUGACCCACUGCAGUGACAGCGAGAUUAAUGAGCAGAGCGAUGACAGAGCAGGGAAACUGAAGAAGAACCAGAAGAAGAGAAGUACAGGAGGAAAACAUGUGUCUUUCCCACCUGAUGAACAGAUAGUAUCUGGCUUUGCUGAGCACAGGGAUGCUGAUAGAAGGGCUGACAGCUGCCUCACCUUGACAGAGGUAAUGGAGGCCUACCAGCAGAGCUGCACCAGACACCAGGUCCAACCACAAGCACACGUGCUGCAACAGCUUCAGGGUGCGUGUGUAGGUGGCAGUGUGAAGUGUCUGGAUCUCAAAGGUGAGCGAUUAGACCAGCGCUCCUGUGAAGCUCUGGAAGUCGUCCUGAAAUCGCUGCACUUUGAUUUCAUCAAUCUGCAGGCGGCCCAACUGGAAGAAAAUGGAGCAUCGUCUUUGCUGGAUAUGAUUUUGUACUAUGAAUCUACAACCCAUCUUGACAUUUCUGACAACAACAGUAUGGGAACAUCCGGUUGGAGGGCCCUCGCUCAUUUGAUAAAGCAGAGUGUGUGUCUGUCCAGACUGGACAUUUGUAGCACGCCCAUCGUAGACUACCCAGCCAUGUCUCUGUCCAAAGCUCUGCUGACCAGCCGGCUCACAGUGCUGCACCUUCACAAUGCCCAGCUCAGCGGAAUGCCACUAUUCACACUGGUUGGUGCACUGAAGAUAAACAGGGCUUUGCAAGAACUCCAUCUCACCAACAACUCGCUGAACAGCUACCAGGAUGCACUGCAGCUCGGAGACCUGUUACGCUACAACUCCACUUUAAAGACUCUGGAGCUCAGCAACAAUGCUCUGGCAGAUGCUGGUCUUGAGGAGCUGUGUGAUGGUCUGAGGUGGCAGACAGCAGGUCUGAAGGUUUUACUGCUGAGGAACAACCACAUCACUGCACAUGGCAUGGUCUUUCUCGCCAGUACUCUGCCAAUACUGAAGGUCCUGGAGGUCCUGGAUCUGGCUGAGAAUGUCCUGGAGAACGAGGGGAUCCAGGUGAUCAGGACAUCCCUGAUGGUGAACUGCUCAUUGAAGCAGCUUGGACUGUCCCAAACCAACAUCACCUGUGAAGGUGCUGUGGCAUUGGCUGAGGUCCUCGCUGAGAACCAUCACAUUCAGCGCCUGGACCUCCGUCAGAAUGAGGUCAAGGUCGGGGGCCUGAUGGCCUUGUGUCUGGCCCUGAGAAUCAACCACUCACUUGCUAUUCUGGACUUGGACCAUGUUCCCCCAGAGGAGCAGGAUGAGUUCCUGAUGGAGACUCAGAAGAGGCUACAGUCAGAGAUCACCCAGUGUUGCCUGACCAACGCCAGGCGCUGCGGCCUCGACACGUCAGACACGUUGACGACUGAGGCCGACGGAGCUGCCGAGAGCAUGGCUACAGUCUGAGAUCACACACACACACACACACACACAGAGCGAGAGAGGAGGCAAAAUGGCAAACCUUGUUCUCAUCACCUCAGACACACUCACAGAUUCAGUCACAGAGACGGCAGGUCCCACCGUCCCCAACCCAAAUGGCUGACGAGCAGAUAUAUGCGAAUAAUGAUUCUAUUGCAAAUAAUGAUAAUCAUAAAACUCCAAAUCUGGGUAAUAAAGGCGGAGUAGAGCUCCCUAAUGAAACACCGGCGUCCCCUCUGCCUCCGCCUAAUGUUCCCGUCGAGCCGCUCGCCAUUUUUCCAUAAAGCAAUUUUGCAAGCCCUCUUCAAACAUGAAUCACCUAGAAAUGAAGAAACCCCCCCCACCACCACACACCCACACCACCACUGUCACCUCCACCCUCCCCUUUGUACAACACUGGCACCAGAGUGGUAUGUCUGUGUGCGAGAGGAGAGUCAGAUAAUUAAUCUCAGUCCUUGACUCGCUUCACAAACUCUACCUGGUUAAUGAAGAGUGUUGUACGAGUCUUAACCUUUUCACAUGCAACAGUUAUUGACUCUUUUAUUCCUGUUUUUUUUUUUUCAAAUCUCAGCAAAAUAAAUCCUUCUUCACCUGAGAGCCUGUAUGUGUGUUUUCUAUGUGGAUGUGUGUGUGUGUGUGUGUAAUUGGAGAGUCUGAAUCCCAGUUCACAUGACAGUCGUAGCGUCGCUGUGUCCCACACUACAUGACACGCUGUCUCGCGUUGCGUCUUCGCCGUCAUCGUGAGUUAACGUUACAUGAUCUUUCACGAGGAGGAAAACCACGGCGUGUGUCUCAUCGCAAAAACAUACGUGGUCACGUUCACCUUUGUUUCGUGUCUAUACGUCGACCGCUGAACUUCGAUCCCUGUCAAGUUUGAAGAUGUUAUAUUUUCCCCUUUUCUUGUCGCUGUAAUGAACCGCUGUUGUUAGUGUUCAGAUUGAGGACGGAAUGCUGUGUAAUGUGUUUAUAUUGAUAAACCCUUCAGUAGUGUAAAUUGAUCAUAAGCAGAAUAAAUAUGUUUAACCUGGUUCUACAUGUGUGGAGUCUGACCUGAGUCAGUAGAUUUAUAUUCUUUUUAGUGAUUUGCAGAACUUCAACUGGCGGCAAGGUGGCACAGUGGUUACUAGUGGUUAGCACCGUUGCCUCACAGCAAGAAGGUGGUGGGUUCAAUUCCUG